GAGAGCAACCAUCUCCCCAAAUGGUCCUCACCAAGAAGCAGAAGGUGAAGAGUCUGACCACUCAGCUACAGCAAAUGACCAGAGAGAGAAACGAGCUGCGGGAUCACCUGAUCUCCAUCACCGAAGAGCCCAUAGACAAUAGGACCAGGUCCUAUCGCAAGCCAAACCCUUUAUUUGAGAAGCUGAAGAGGAAGCAUGAGAAAGUCAUGUCAGACCUGCAGUGCUUGGAGGAUGAGAAGAACGAAGUCACAGAGAAAUUCAAUGAGCUCGCCAAGGAGUCAUUCUUCUAUUGCAAUCUGCAGUACCAGCUCGCGAUGGAGAAGUAUCAGAUAGAGGACAAGGUGGACUUGCUGAAGCAGGAGAACAAGAAAUUGAUGCAGUAUUGGGUCCUGCUGCAGAAGCACUUGGAGGAUUUGCACUUGGCCUUUCAGGACCAAGAGGAAGAGAACAGAGACCUGCAGACCCAGGAGCAUCAGGAGCAGCAGAGCCUGGAAGAAAGUCUGCAGUCCCCAGUGAAGCAGAAGGAGCUAGUCAACCAGGAAAAGAAUUUGGCAGUAAAUCUGCAACAUCACGUGACUGUCUCCCAGAUGAGGUCAGAGAGUCUCCAACAUGAGCCAGAGCAAUCCUCAGCACAGGAUGAGAGCCUCCCACCAACAGAGCUGCUGCAGCAGGAGCACUAA